AUGAGCGAUGGUAGUGUUCUUGAUAUGUUGAAGCCAUCGCCAGACGCAGAUUUGGUGAGCAAAUCGCAGAUACACGGCGUUGAGGUGGUAAAAACCGACGAGAACCGAACUGAGCCCGAGCAGGUGCUUCUCGAAGCAGGCACGGCAGGCUUCACAUCGGCUGAGGCCUGGUCAGAAUCGGUUGAGCUUGGCGAUCGGAAUUGGCCGCGAGGACACCAAAAACACCACCCAUAGCCUCCAUCGAACCAUUCACAGCCAUUCGCAGUUUCGCUGGGCCACCACCGUCACCCCAUAUCGUCGCCUUCACGAGACCACAUCACGCCAACAACCGCACCACCGAACCAAAACUCCAGCAAGACAACGCGAACCGCACACGUCCAAUUGCGUG